AUGCAAGACGACAAGCGAAGAAAUCUCAGAGUAGCAGCAACUGUGGCCUUCGGCAUUGGCCUCGUUGUGGCGCUUGUAACUCUAGCAAAUGUCUUGCAAGGAAACGUCACGGGAGCGAGCGAGAUGAUCUCAUCGCUCGUGAAGGGGGGGGACAACAAGAAGUCUGCACCCAUUGACAUGCAUGCUUCUGCACAGCCAGCUGCAAGCAAGCUGUUGAAGUUGGGCACCGACUCAAAGUACAAGAAGUUCAACGAAAGAGUCAAGAAAGAAUCCUCCUCCGAGCUGCAGAGAGACAGCCGCACUGCUGAGGAGCAGCUGAACUCGGAGAAGUCCUACGACAGGAUGAUCGAGACGCAGAAGAAAGGCAUAGAGGGCCGCGAUGCUCACUUUCAGCAAAAGUUGAAGAGCAUGGUCAACGCCGAGCACAUGCGCGAGCACGAGAAGCUGAUGCAGCUUAAAUCCAAGAAGAGUGCAAUAGACGGCUAUGUUACAUCUAGCGAUGCUGCGUUUGAAACCUCUCUCAAACAAGCCUUGAAGAAGGAGCGAAAGAACAAAUCAGAAUAUGAAAGCUCGUACAAUGAUGCCGUGCAAUCAGUGCAGAAUCGAGACAAGGAGUUCACGGAGAGGAUCAGGCGAGAGAUUGAGAAGGAGAGGAUCCUGCAUGCCCAGCACGCCCGAUCCCUCGUCAGGCGCGAGAGGUCGGAGGGUCUGCAAGUGAGAAAGGCCUUGGCCAAGAUUGCGAAGGAGCACACGACAGCAUGGCAGGAGGGUGAAAUGCAAGACCAUCAAGCUUCUCAGGCCCUCAACGCUUUUGACGCGCUUGAUGCGGAGCGGAAGAGGCUGGCAACGAGAUACGCCAAGGAGCGAACUGCUCACGACAAGGAGACCCAGGCGCAGGCGUCUGACGUCAUGGCGAUCACCGGCG